GAUGAAGACGAGGACGACGAUGAUGAAGAGGAUUACGAUGAUGAAGAUGAGGAGGAGGAUGAGGAAGAUGGAGGUAUCGAAGGCUUCUCUCAAAUAAAUGCCUCCGAGGAGAUAGAGAAAGGAAAGGCAGUUCAGUCACAGCUAGGAUUAUGGGAUAGCUUCAUGGAAAGUCGUAUAAAACUGCAGAAGGCCCUACACCUUUCUAACCAGCUCCCUCAAUGUCAGACGUUAGACAGGUUCUUAGAAGAGGGGGAGGAGGAUGGAGACCUGCCGAUUAUUCUCAAGAAAAGUGAGAAAGAAUUGACUAGACUCAUGCAGUCUCUUGUCAGUCUCCAGGAUACAUUAUUACAGCAAAACCCAGAGACACAACACAUCAUUCAUGGAGAAACUCCUGGUAGUCAGUCUAUAAAUGCAAACGAAGACGACGAUGACGAGGAGAUACCCAGCGACCUCGACGACGACGAGCCCAAGACGGCGUCGCCUGCCGUGGAGAGGAAAUCACUGAAGCGGAAACUGGAUCCCUCGGACUUUGAGGAGCACCUUGCCAAGCAUCACAAGAACUUUGAAUCAUUUAGGAACAAUACGAUCCAAAAGUGGUAUGAAAAGACGAGAUUGUCAACAGGAAAGUUGAAUAAAAAGUCUUUCAGCGGCUUUGAGAGGUCAGCACUGGUCCAAAUCCAGCAGAUUUUACAAGAUCAGAACCGAUUGGUGCAGAGGACGCAGCUAAAGAGAUCAGAGUACACUGUCUUGGGUCAAAGGUCACGUGUUUCAAAGAGAGAAGAGGAAAGCCAAGAUGAAGAGAAACAAGAUGAAGACAUACCAGAAAUAGCCAACCAACAUCUCAAGAACCAUGAUCCAGAGAUCUUUGAUGAUGAUGACUUCUACCAUCAGCUGCUGCGUGAAUUGAUAGAAAGGAGAACAAGUUCAACGACUGAUCCAAUACAACUAACCAGACAAUGGUUACAAGUGCAGAAGCUGAGAACCAAGGUCAAGAGACAGGUCGAUACCAAGGCAAGCAAAGGAAGAAAAGUCAGAUAUGAUGUCCAUCAGAAGCUGGUUAGUUUCAUGGCUCCGGUGGACACAUCCACCAUGUUACAGGAGGCAAGGAUGGAACUUUUCAAAUCCAUCUUUGGGCAGAGCCUGACAGAGGAAGAAACGGCAAGAUAACAUUGACCUUGAUAGACACACCAAGUUGCAUCUUUAUUGUGACAUCGCUCAUUUCUGUUCUUCCCGACAAGAGCCCUUAAUACUUUGUAAAAAUGCAUUCGGUGUAAAUAACGUAAAUAAUGAUGCAAAUUACCACAGCAAGCUAAAGUUUAUAUCAUGUACUUUAUUUAUUUAUAGUGAUUAAAAUUGUUCACAUAUUUCACCAGAUGUAAAUGAUAUACAUUAUUAUAUUUACCCAGUUGAUCAGGGCCCCGUCUAACAAAGAAUUGCGAUUGAUCCAAUCAACCACAACUAUGGAAAUCCAGCAAUGUCAUCUCAAAAGCAUGUUUGUGCAAUGCAUUUUCUAGAUGUGUCCAUUCAUACAUGUAAAUCUCUAUUUUUCUUGAGAAUUCAGUGUGAUUGUCUUUGUUUACAAAGGACAUAGUGCACAUAUCCUUCGGAAAAAAUUAUGACAUUGAUGGAUUUCCAAAUACUUCAUGUUUAUCGGAUCAAAGUAACUCUUUGAAAGACGGGGGCCCAGAUGUAAACAUUUAGUGUACUGUCUGGUAAUAAAUAUUAAGUAGAUUACUAAGGGGUGGUACAAGAAAACAUUUGCGAUCAAUUGCAAAUUUCUAUUGCAAUUUUACAAUUGAUAGAUCAUUUUCAUCUUAAGAAAAUUAGAAUACAUUGCUUGUUGCAAGAGGCAAUCAAUUUGGUUGAUGCACAAUACGGAGCGCCACCUAUUGGUUGCAGCAGACAGGCCCGAAUUCGCAAUGCCUCAUGGGGGAAAAAGACAUUGAAAUCAAUCUCUGUGGGGUGCGCUGCAUGCAUGUGACUCGGCCGGCUUGCAUAUGCAGUUGAGGGGGGAGAAAAAUUUGCCACAAAUCCUAUGAAUUCUUCCUCCCUUUUGCCACGGUUUUCUUUGAAAGAUUUGUGAAUGAUACAGAGA